AUGACAACCACGACAUCCUCACUACCGCGACCAAUCUCUGUGUCGACUAGUCAAGCAUGGGACAAUGAUGGAGCUGGCUUAUGGAGCACUUUUAUCGUGGAGGUUGGCACACCUGCGCAAUCUGCGCGGGUUAUGAUCAGUACCGCAGGCAACGAAGUUUGGGUUGUAGUUUCUCAAGGAUGUCCCGAUAAAUAUGGUUCGGAUUGUGCAAAGAAUCGAGGUGGCAUCUUUACUAUCGACAACUCGACAACCUGGACAAACAUCGGUUUAUUUACGCUUCAGCUAGAAAUGAAUCUUGAAUAUACAGGGAAUGGACAAUAUGGCCAUGAAACCGUGACCUUAGGUUAUCCAGGAAGCGCUCCUGAAUUUUGGCAAGGUGUAUUCGGUCUCGAUGCAACACCGAGCAAUUUUACGACUCUAAACGAUCCACAAGCCAGCUAUUUAGCAACCCUCCGCAAUCAGUCGCGAAUCCCAAGUACUUCAUGGGGCUACACGGCGGGGGCGGCGUAUAGAUAUAGUAUGGUUCAAGGAAUUCUAACUCUUGGAGGUUAUGACGCAUCUCGAUUUUCGUCCCAAAACAUCACUCUGCAUUUCUAUGAUGCGGUUUCUCGACGGUUUCUGGUCCAGCUUUCCGCAAUAAAAUACAUCCCUACAGGGCUUUCAACGACUACUACAACCACAACAUUGGCAUCCGAUCCAAUCUCGCUAUAUAUAGACUCUACCGUUCCCUACAUUUAUCUCCCUGGUGCUAUUUGCAAAAAAUUCGAGAGUGCCUUUGGUUUAACCUGGAACGACACUACUGAAAUUUAUACCCUCAAUGACACCAUGCACACCUCCCUCCAGAACAUAAAUCCUAAUAUCACGUUUACACUUUCUACUAGCGAAGGCCAAAGUCUCGACAUAACAUUACCAUACAAAGCUUUUGAUCUAAACGCCUCGUUUCCAGUUAUUCCAGAAGGAACGAUCAACUAUUUCCCUUUGAAGCGCGCACAAAAUGACACGCAAUACACACUUGGCCGAACAUUCCUGCAAGAAGCAUACUUAGUGGCAGAUUACGAUCGUUCCGAGUUCACCAUUGCGCCAUGUGUAUGGCCAUCGACUUUCACGUCAGAUAUCAAGUCUAUCUUGCCGCCCUCCGCUAAUUCAACGAGCACAAAUGGUACUCUAACAGAAACUCAUAGGCAUACCAGCACGCCAGUUGGUACGAUUGUAGGAGGAGUCGUUGGUGGUAUUGCAUUGAUUGUUGGAGCUGCACUCCUAUUCUACUUAUUUGUCUACCGUCGCCGACACCCCAAACCUGCCGCACCGGCCUCCGAGAGUUCCCCUGAUGUUUCCACCACAGAUCCAUCGGCAUAUGCUGCCGUCGCUGAGGCUGAUGCUGCACUAGUCGAUCCCACCAAAGACAAAUCCGAACUGUCUGGUAAUUUUGGAGGCACCGAACUGGCUGCAGCACAUGAACAGGAUAAACGGAACGCCGAACUUGCAGGGACGCCGAUCCUAGGUUUGGAGCUGGCAAGCCCACAGCCCGUGGGAAGCGAAUUGGACAGCCCACAAAUUCAUGAGAUGCUAGCAAGGGAAUCCGUAGUAAGAGAAAUGGAAAGUCCUUUGGGUUCCGGGCAAAAUCCGAAAACAGGCGAAGAAGACAGUAGUUACUUCGACAAGGAUAAGAAGACCAAAAUUUCUUUUGAAGAAUGA